GCGAAAGUUUAAACGUAAAACGAAAAUGGAACCUUAUCAGCAUAAAUUUAAAGCUAAUGGAACAUUUGAGAUGAAAAAAAAAUCGAGGGUUAAGAGAAAACAUCCAAAUGAAGCAUGCUCUAGUCUUGAACAAGAACAAGAAGAAGGCACUGUAGAUUCAUCUUCUCAACCUUUGAAUACUGCUACUUUAUCUAAUUUUUCAGCGAUCACAAAAGAAAAAACUGAUUCAUCAUUUGCUGAAGUUUCUCAAGAAUUUGAAACUGCCGAACCAAUAUUUGACCAAGAUUCAGAG